AUGCUGUCAAACCUUCGAAGGUGGUAGCGCAAAUUUACUGACCGAAAGGUCCGUGGUUCGAACCCGAUCUCUGCCUCUCGACUUCCCCUAUCUAGGCUUGAGCAACCUGGCAGUAUUCCAGCCCUCAUGCUUCUUUCGGGUGGCAUGUGCAUCCCGAAUCCGGUUGCUUGGCAUGCGCAUCACUUACCUGGUUGGAUGCAUAAUUUCUCUGUGGCGAGCACUCUGAUCAUCGAGAUCUUGCUGCCGCUUCUCUUCUUCGUUCCGCUACGACUUAUUCGAUUGUUCUCCUUCUACAGUCAGCUGCUAUUACAGGGGCUUAUCAUUCUAACUGGAAAUUUCAACUUCUUCAACCUGCUCACAAUGGCUCUGUGCUACUCACUGCUUAAGGACGAAGACUUCAAUAUCAGGAGACGCAAAACAACUGGAAUCUCUUCCACAUUGUCCAACUUACUUUCUCUAAUUAUUAUCGGCACUGUUCUGGCGGUUGGUGGAUACUUGUUCAAUUUUCGUGUGACUCCGGGAUAUACCAUUGCUUCCUCUGUCGGCUUUACAAAGACGCAGUUCAACCACUUCCUCACACACGCGGUGAGCUACAUCAUUUAUGCUGCUGUGGCCCUUUUUGCAAUCCAGGUUUACUGCAGCUUGGUAUGCGCUCUGAAAGCCCCAAAACUAUGGCGGAAUUGUGUCGAACUGGCAGGCGUUGUGGUUGUUGGCAUAAUUGGGCUAACGCUUCUAUUCAGUAGCUUCGUACCCUUCGGAAACCUUGACGGUCAAAGUGUGGAGAAACUUCCCAUCAGUGUCCGCCACAUUCACUCCCAGUUGAGGCCAUACCACCUGACCAAUGGGUAUGGGCUCUUCCGCCGUAUGACUGGGGUUGGUGGCAGGCCAGAAGUGAUUCUUGAAGGUGCUCCGUCCAUGGAGGGUCCAUGGACUGAAUAUCAUUUCCGCUUCAAGCCAGGUCGAGUCAAUCGUACUCCACCGGUAGUCAUACCUCACCAACCUCGUGUGGACUGGCAGCUGUGGUUUGCAGCCUUGAGUCAGCCGGACGAUCACCCUUGGUUCUACAACCUGGUCUAUCGGUUGCUCCAACAAGAACCCGAUGUAUUACAGUUGCUGGAUACAUCCACGAUACCAACUAAUCCAAAGUUUGUGAGAGCUCAUCUGUACACUUAUUACUACACGCAACCUACUGAACACCUAUGGCGUCAAAGUGGUGCAUCCCUGAAUCUCAAGGGACGUGUGUAUCAGGCUACAGUUCGGGCUGUUUUGUUGUAUGGCUGUGAGACUUGGCCUGUUGGAGCAGCGGAACUGAAACUUCUUCAGGUGUUCGACAAUCGUUGUCUCAGAAAUGUAGCUCGUGUGGGUGGGUGUCGGCGUAUGCGUAACGAAACUGUCAGAAAUCGCAGUGGGAAUUGGUGGCACCGCGUACGAAAAUCGGACUAUCUUCCACCGGUUUCCCUCUCUUCACCUGUUCUGCGUAUGAAGCUGGAAGAGUCAGGCUUGAUAGGCAGACGCAUCACCCGCAAAUGGGCUGUGUACGCACAGUCCGGGAUAAUUCACUUUGAUAAUGUGACCAACAACCGUCUGGCGAACGCAGACGGUCGCCUGGAAAACCGGGUGCACCACUGGGAUACACUGGAGCAUGCCAGACAGAAGUUGUCCAGUAACGCCGAGUGGCUCGCUCGAGAAUAUGAGAUGCAUAUGUCAUACCAAUGCGACCGACGGGAAAUCCUGGAGAGCGACGACUACGUUCUGGACGUUGUCUGUCGAUUGACUACUUAUGCAUGUUCCCUUGUUUUGAGGCACUUGAGACCGUGA